AUGGCAACUCCUGCUGCCUUGCCACCAUUGCCCUUCAAUCCCGGACGCGUACGGUCCUACCUAGUACGCUUGCCUUUAUUCACACGGCUCGUACUUCUCGUCAUUCUCGCAUUCUGGCUGUUAGAAUUCCAAACGAUCUGGAGUGUGGUACAAUGGGGCGCGUUGAUUCCAGAGGAGAUCAACCUAGGGACCAUGUAUCGACUAAAUACCUAUCCCAUCAUUCACACGGGGUUCUUCCACGCAGCAUUGAAUACCUUGGCGUUGACACCGCUCUUGGAACGGUUUGAGGCGGAGCAUGGGACCCUCACAUCCAUCGCCUUGUUUAUCGGACCACUGUCGACGGUCCCCGCCGGAUUGUACAUUUUGAUUGAGAAGUUCAUUCUACACAGCAACACUUCAGUUGUUGGCUCUAGUGUCUGGGUCUUUCUCCUCCUCGGUUCUGAGGCUAUCAGGACAUUCAAAUCCAACCCUUACUUCAGCCUGGGCCCGUAUAAAAUUCCUACCUGGACAUCGCCUUUGUUCGCUUGCGUAGUCCUGUCGAUUCUUGUUUCGAACGUGAGCUUCCUUGGCCAUCUCUGCGCCAUUCUUGUGGGCUAUUUAUUCGGACUCGGGUAUUUGAAGGUGUUCGUGCCCCCGGAGAAGGUCCUGCGUUGGAUCGAGGGCAAAUUGAAUCUUCUGGGCAGGCUGCCACACUAUGUUUCGGUCGACCAGAAGACGUACGGGCGCUAUGGUGUUCUGCCUUCGAGCAACGGAGCCAGCAUCGCAGGAAACCAGACUCCAAUGAGCUAUCUGGGAACCACCCAACGCCUGGGCGCAUGA